UGCUGAGUGUCACGUGUGCCUGUUGAGAUAACAGGACACGUUUAUUUAUGAUAUUUUAAGACAUUUAAAGGUGAAAUAAAUCAGUGCGUGUAUUUGAACAGUAUUGGUAUUUCUGUGAUUUGGGUGUGAAGAAGGUUAAGAGUGAAAUGUGAGACUGGUUCAGCUGAAGGGACGCAGAACUGGAGGCGGAGCAUAAACCCAGUAAGAGCGAUCUGAUAAAGGUCUCAGUGUAGUGACAGCAUGGAGCUCAUCGCGUGUUUCUCACUCUUCUUCCAAAUCAUUUCCUUUGUUGUCGUUUCAGAAGGAAACAAAAUAAACGACUGUCCCAUCAUAGGUGUUUUGGCUCAGGAUGUUCACUGUCCUUCACCUGAGAGAAACGCCUACAUCGCGGCUUCCUAUGUGAAAUACCUGGAGUCUGCAGGGGCCCGAGUCGUCCCUGUGAUGAUUAAUAGGACUGAAGAUGAAUACACCGUACUCUUCAGAUCUAUAAAUGGAAUCCUUUUUCCUGGUGGUGGCGCCAGCAUUUUUUCAUCUGGUUAUGCCAAAGCAGCAGGAAUAUUCUACAGACUUGCGCUGGAGGCCAACUCAAAAGGAGAUUAUUUUCCUGUGUGGGGGACAUGCUUGGGCUUUGAGCAGCUAACGUUGCUGACAAGUGGAAAGUCCCUGUUGUCCCGUACUAAUACCAGCGGCGUUGCUCUACCACUCAAUUUCACCAAAGAAGUAAAGGACAGCCGAAUGUUCAAGGACUUCCCAGAGGACCUGAUGACAUCACUGGCAAAUGAACCACUCACAGAGAACUCUCAUCAUUGGAGUGUCUCUACUGAGAAAUUCAAUGGAAAUGAAAAGCUGAAAAAGUUUUACCAAAUUCUGAGUACAAACACAGACGGACAAACAGAAUUUGUGUCUACUGUGGAAGCAUAUGAUUUCCCAAUUUAUGGAACCCAGUGGCACCCAGAGAAAAAUGCAUUUGAGUGGACUCAGGUGUACAUCCCCCACUCAGCUGCUGCAGUCAGAACCAUGUUCUAUAUGAGCUACUUUUUUGUCAACGAAGCUAGAAAAAGUCUUCAUAAGUUUCCCAGCCAAAAAGAAGAGCAGAACGCUUUAAUCUAUAACUACCAGCCCACCUACACUGGAACGAACUCUUCAUUUGAACAAAUCUAUUAUUUUAAUUAGGUGUUCUCUUACUUAAUUUGUUUUGUGUAAAUCUUUGGAACCAUGUAGGCUGUGUUGUGCUUGUAGCACCUUGAAAAAUUCAUUAAAAAAAGCUGCCAAACUGA